AUGUCCCAGCGCAAGCCCAGUACAGUCGAGGCAAUCCGCGAAGCGCGUGGAGAAGGGGUUCUCCAAGGCCCGAUCGGCUCGGAAACUCAGAAGAACUCAGAAGCCCAGAAGAAGAAAGUGGAGGCUAUGUUCUCGGCAACGAAAGGCCAGGAAGAUCCUCUGGCAGAGCCAUACCAGAAACUGCGUGAUAGCCCUGCCCCUGCCGCAACAGCCACUCAUCCGAACCGGCGGAUGAGCGAAGCAAGUAGGCGGAUCUUCGCACGGAAAAUGCACGAGAUGGGUGAGGAGCCUGAGGAAGUACUUCUUCUUUAG